GUCCCGGCUUCAGGUCGCGGCGGCGUUCAGUUCACAGGCGGGUGCCGUGGCGCGCGGUUGGCCUGUGUGCGGCGUUGUAACGGAGUGCGUGUUUUUCCCCGUUUGCGAGAGGAAGAGAAGGAAAAGGAGCAAAAGGAAGUCGAUUGAAGCUUCGAGAUCAUCUAAUUCGACGGACGAGAGUCGGCGAGAUAGUGAUAAUACAGUUUUCUUCGUGAGUAAUCGUUCGAUCUCGGAAGAACGACGAGACCCACGGUGUUAUCCUUUGACAAAAUCUCAGCUCCGAUCGCGACGGACGUACAUCUCUCUCUUUCUCUCUCUCUAUCUCUCUCUCUGUCGCCCGUUCAUGAGAAACGGAGUUUCGUAUUUCUCUUGCGCGAGCGUCGGCCCGAUGGAACCUAUCGAUCGCAAUCAGUGGAUGGUGUGAUAUCUGCUUGAUCGCGCAAAAUCGGUGCGCGCAACUUUCGUAGCGUCGUGACGACGGACGUCAACAAGGAGACGAGAGAGUGACGCGCAGAUAAACAGAUCGAGAGAGGCGCGAGUGGUUGUCUAUCAACCGAUACUCGCUGUCGGGAGAGUUAUCGGCUUCAAUUGUAGAAGGGCGUAAUCGAGGAGUUCGUAAAGUGAGUGAGUGACAGUGGCGGAAGUGUGUGAUCGCCGGGGCGGCGGGUGAUAGGGAGUUCUUAACGACGCGGGUGUGUAUAACCGACGGAGAGGAUCACACCGUUCCUCGAGACCGACGCUCAUCAAACUCGGCACAGGCUCGGGGACAUCUUCGUGGUCGAUAUUUCUGAGUGAUGUUUUGAGCAGCACCGCGCGGAAAGAUGAAGACUGCGGUCGGCUCGUUCCUCCUUUUGCUCAUCGGCGGCGUCGUCUCCGUCGAAUGGAAGCACAGCGCCGUCCUGGACAACAAUUUCUUGGUGCUCUGGACGCCCGAUGAGAAGGACGUUACAUUCGAGAUCCAGGUGAAGACCCUCGGCUACGUCGGGCUCGGUUUCACGAAGGACGACGGCCGCGCCGGGGCUGACAUGGUCAUCGGAUGGGUCGAUAACAACGGCCAGGUCCACCUUCAGGACCGGCACGUGAAGGACGCCAGCAGAGAUCCGCAGAUGGAUUCGAGCCAGGACUACCGGCUGUUACUGGGUUACGAGAACAAGACGCACACGGUGCUGCGCUUCAGUAGACGAUACGACACAUGCGACCCGCGGGACCUGAAGAUCACGAACGACACGAUGCAAGUGGUGUGGCAGUAUCACGUCGAGGAGCCGGUGUCAGCGGCCGGUAUCUUGCCCGAUCACGGGGCAGUGCGAGGAUCGAGGCCGCUGUACCUGGUGCAAAGGGACGCGCAGCCGAGACGAAACUCGCGUAAUCAGGAAGCGGAGCCGCCUCUCAAGAUCUGGGACAUUCUGAACAAGCAGGUUCGUUUACCCAUGGGGCAAGACACGCUGCUCUGGUGCCGUGUCCUGAGGAUGCCGAGCAUUAAUCAGAAACACCACGUCGUGAAGUACGAACCAGUUAUUCAGCCGGGAAGCCACGAAUACCUUCACCACAUGACCCUGUACGAGUGCCGCGGAGAUCAAGCCGAAUUGGAAUCCGCGGCUGAAACGACCGGGAGUGUCUGUUACGUUCCUGAUGAACCCAAAUACCAAUGCAACACGAUCGCAGCCACUUGGAGCCUCGGGUCUGAGGGCUUUAAUUAUCCGCCGGAGGCCGGAUACGCGCUCAAUCCGUACGCGGGGCCGCGCUACUACAUGCUGGAGACCCACUACACGAACCCGCAGCUGGACGCCUUCAUCAGCGACAGCAGCGGCCUGCGUCUUCUCUACACCGAUCGGCUGCGCGGCCAUGACGCCGGUAUCCUCAGCGUUGGCAUCGACCCGAACUGGCGGCAUAUAAUACCGCCCGGUCAGCCCGAGGUGGUCUCCGAGGGCCACUGCAUCGCCGAUUGCACGGGCCAGACGAUACCGAACAGCGGCAUUAACAUGUUCGCCGUGAUCAUGCACACCCACCAGCUCGGCAGGAAGGUCCGCCUGCGGCAGAUCCGCGCCAGCGAGGAGCUGCCGCCGAUCGCCGCCGACACCAACUACGAUCCCAAUUAUCAGGAGUAUCGGAGGCUUCAGAGACCGGUCAAGGUGUACCCGGGUGACCAUUUAGUCGCCGAAUGCACGUACUCGUCCGAAUCUCGGUCGGCCAUUACGCUCGGUGGCCUGGGAACGAGAGAAGAAACCUGCCUGGUGUCCGUUCUCUAUUAUCCUCGCAUUGAAUUAUCUCUUUGUUAUUCUUUGCCUUCGCUGCCGACAGUGCUGCACAGCUUGGGAAUCCAGAAAUUAAAACAGGGUUCCAGCCCGGUGAUGAUCCAGGAGCCGCCGGAUCUGAAGGACAUGACGCUCGAGGAACGGCUGGUCAGCUACGACUGGGAGUCGAAUUUUCAGAGUUUCCAGGAGGCCACUCGCAGCGGCACGUUUAAGCCGCUGUGCGGCAGCAGUAAGGGCGCCCUGCCCGGUACGGACAACCUCGAGGUGCACUACCCGCGCAUCCUCAGGCCCUGGGAGGAGACGAGCGUGCCCUGCUCGAAGAAGCCGCUGCGGAACAAAUUGUCGAUGCUGUUGAGCGAGGACGGCGACAUCGGCACGCCUGCCGACAGCGAGGAGACGAACACGGUCGAGCGAGGUCAGCUGGUGCGCAGCAAGGUGUCCCGCAGCAGCGACGCGGGACCCACGGCCGGUAGUUCCUGCGGCCGUACGGUAUCGGCGGCGGUGAUCUUGGCCGCCGUCACCGUCGUCGCCGGCGCGGCGUUCAGGUGAACGUCGCCGCCGGACGAGCGGUCGUUCGAGUUUCACUCGUCGGAUCCAGGAUCGCCCUGAUGAUCGUCCAUCGCGAUCGAACCCGCGACGGACCGUGCAACAACAGCAGCAGCUGGAGCGUGCAUAUGUUUGCGUAAGUAUAUGCCAAUCUCUCAGCGACGCGGCUCUAAUUAGAUUUAGAUAAGUGUUACUGUCCUCCGAGACCGAGCGCACCCGCGGGAUUCGGUUCUCGGGUGAUUCCGAUCGGCGGACUUCUUUUUUUUCCGAGGCGGGGUGACCUUUCCAGCACGGCUAGUGGCUGGCGCGAUCUUUGCCGUGUACCAAUAGCGUGUUUCGUACUGAUAAUAAAGAUAAUAGAAGUUAUAGCCAUCUUUGGCCUUCGUUACUCCGAUACUGAAUAGUGAAACGUUUACAAUGAAGUAAUCUCGACGCUAUCUCGGUUUAAUUUUAGAGUGCUAUAGGUUCUGCAAAAAUUUUUACUGAAAUAUAGCGCAGCAGUUUACAACCGCGUCUCAUUUAAUUCACUUCAAAUUUAAAAAUUGAAUUUAUCUAAUUUGUAAAAUAAGUAGCUCGUAAAGAUACACGCGUGUAUCGCGAAGAAUUCGCCAGCCCUUAGUCGAGAAUGUCGAAUUUCUGCGAGUGGAAGAAAAGGACAAUUGCAAUCACCAUUCGAUUCGGUGUAGAUGAAACUUAUAUACAUAUAUAUAUAUAUAUAUAUCAUAGAAAACGUAGAGGAAAUUACCGAAUCCACGUUAUCUCGACUUAUAGGUGUUGAAAUAAAAUUAUGGUAAUUUUACGGAGGCAUGUCAUCGAAAAUAUCUCAUCCACACACGGUAUUCGAUUUUACGAGCAAGAAAUGUUAAUUCUCUCUUUUCUAAUACAAUCUAUUUAAAAGCUAUCUAAAUAAGGAGUAUAAAAAUAAGCUUAAUAAAAUAAUUAAAAAUAUUUUACAAUUUUUUAAAUUAAAUUAAAUUAAAGAUCUGUUUGCAAAGAGGCAUCUCUUAUGAAAGCUUGACCCCAAAAGAAACUUCGUUUCCUCAAGGCAAAUAAUUCUACGAAAGUUAUUUUCAGAAGAAGAACAUCUACAAAGUGUACUUCAUUUAGAAAAUGUCCUUCACGUUUUUUAUUUUUAGCAUUCGCUUUUUUUUUACAUGGAGCCUUCAAUUCUUUCACUAUCGAUAGCUUUUGAGAAUAGAUACGAUUUUGAAACUCGAUAUGACGAUAAUCAAAUAUUCAUCUCAGCAUUUAAAAAUCGUCCAGAAAGGAGAGAGUUAAUGACGCUGCGCUGGCCCGGAAGCCGGAUGUGGAUGUGCGGCAUAUUAAUUUUCACCCGCGGUAAAACCGAGCCACGGGAGAUCGGAUCUAUCGUGUUCUCGUUUCGGCGAUCGGCUUUUCCCUUUUCGCGACUUCCGUUCGCGCGCACCAUUGUUAUGUAAUGGAGAAUUUUUGCGAGCGCAGCAGCACUCUCUUCGAAAACACGGUAAAAGCGGAAGUCCCCCCACGCUCGCGAUGCGAAAUAUCUAUAAAUCGUCGUGACAGUUUUCACUCGAAAUUUAUAUUGUUAUUUAUAUUCGGGACAUUUGCAUUUACCAUAUUCGAAGUACGCUGUUGCAAAAAAAAAAAGAACAAUCUGCAAUGUCCCGCGUGCUCGCGUAGGAUGACCGUAGCGGGAUAUCUCCCGGAUACGAAUACAUCGGCUCUGUGUCGUACUUUAGCACGUUAGAAUCAAUAAUGCAAGAUGCGAUGGAAAUGAAUAACACGAGAACUUCCUUGUUCUUUAUAUACUACACAUUUAUUGCAUCGAUAUAUCGACUCACAAGUAUAAUCAAAACUUCGAAGUAUCAUAUAUAUUACAGAGGGGACCUAUGAAUCAUUCUGUUUCGCGCAAAAUUAUUUUUUACACAAAAUCUUGAUAAACGCGUAUAGGGAAUAAAUAAACUAAACAUAUUGAAUUGUGGACUGCGAUUAUAAUUAAUAAAUAAGAUGUAUAUUACGAAAAAUAAUAAUAAUAAAAUUAAGUGACAUUUUAUUUUUAAUAACUUGUAAUCGAGAGCUAAACUUUGUUGUUUGUAGAAUGUAAAUAUUAAUCUAAUAUUCUCUUAACAUUUAUAUGAAAUGAUAAUAAUCGAAAUCGAGCGAGUUCGUUUCAUGCAAAUGUAGUACUUCCUAUCAUUGAAUACGAAAGUGACUGGUGACAGCAUUAUUCAUUUAUACUUUAAAUUAAUUAGUUCGUCUUGCGAUCGCACUGCCUUGAUAAAGCUGCCAUUUAUUGUCGUCGCCCGUGAGUCAUUCUAUCAUCAUCGAUUUCGAGACACUGCCUUAGCGCUACCGCUCGAAGCUACUUUUAGGUCGCAUUAUAAUGUAUCUAUUCCAUCUUGAUGGGUGGAGUGGGUAGCAUUUAAUUAUAUUUGAAAAGAAGCAUUGGAAAUGUUUUGACCUUUUUUUUACGUACGACAUCGGCCGAUGAUUCCGAACGAGAGAUAUCUCUAGCGAAUUUUCGCGAUUCUCGUCGACAGAGCGGAAUAUUAAUUUAAAAACUUCUUUCGAGCUAAUCGCAAGAGUUUAAUUGUUGGCUGUUUAUUUGCUGUUCGAGAACCGGGCGAGACGUCGCGAUUCUCGCGAAAGAACGUUUCGUGAACUUAUUUUUCAGGGAUACGACAUGUGCUUUCUCCAAAGUUUUUCUCAGUGCGGUAUUUUCCAAUUUAAUUUUGACAUUUCGUAAUCGGAUUUUUUUUUGCUCAGAAAAAAAUCAUACGCAACCGGUGAAUGGAAAAUAUUGAUCAAAUCAUUAAAAUUUUAAAAAUAUAGAUGUAUGUAACGUCCAAGUUAUAUGACGUUAUAAAAAGUUAAUCACAAAUUCAUUUGAAAUGCGAUGAAAAAGUAUCGUGAUUUUUUUUUACCUUAUAUUUUCCUAUAGAGAAGGAAAAGUGUAAGGUCAAAUCAAGCUAAGAAAGCUAAAUCGAAUAAGAUCAAUAUUUUUAUUGCGAUUUUAAAUUUUCAGGAAUUUUUUUUAUAUUCAAUUUAAUGAAAAAUGAAUUUGGAAAAUUAGAAUUCUAAAAGUAACGUUAUUUUACGCAAGAAACGUAUUUUCUACUGUAAUAAAAAUUGUCCGCAAAAUUUUGCGGAAAACAAUGUUUGGGAAAUACUGUCCUGAUAACUUCGGCGGUCGCGCGAUAAAUGUGUGGCACUUCACUACGUCGUGCUCGCACGGUUCUCGCCGAAGUCUGUACAUUUUGUUAAUUAGACCGUAGCGAUAAAGGUGCAUUUUUUACAUUAAGAUUGUAUAAGCAUUGGUUGAUUUGCACGCGAUGGUAAAUUUCGUGCGAGAAUCUAACAAAAAAAAAUAAUAAUAAUAAGUCUCGCUAUCAGAAUCGUAUUCGUAAUCUCUUUUGUUGAAGCGUUUUACGAAGGGGUGUGUUACUUAACCAACGUUUAUAUAUAAAUAUAUAAAUAGACACGCUAUAUGUAUAUUAUACAUACCCGACGACUCUUUGUAAUAUUCUGUACAGUUUAUUACGUGUAACGUUAUUCACGCGCGUUUGUCAACGCUCGCUUGUCGUACAUGGGCGAUUAUUUAUUUUUUAUUUAAUGUAUAAAUGCGAUAUAACUUGCGACUUGACACAUCUCUCAUUGUUGCGUACACACGGUACACGUACACACAGACACUUUUUCUCGCACUCUUUCGAGAUUUUGAUGAAGUCAAGACACACACAGGGACACUCGAUUUGCCGAGAAAUCAAUAAAUUGUGUGAUUCUUAUUAAUUUUAUCCAUACUAGGGAUAUCGAAGAGUAAUCGAUACUGCGCUUGAACGUGCGAUAAUUUACGAUUGCUCAACGUAUAGGCUAAGUUAUUAAUUAUAACUCUGUAAAUCUAUGAUCAGCGAUUUAUGAUUUUGUAAUGUAUUUUUUUUUAAUGAAGUUAUUCGAUUUUUACCAAAGUUUCUGUUUAUCUUCAAUUUAUUGAUUAAUUAAUAUAAUUACUAUUACGAUCGUAAAAUUGAUGUUAUUAUUAGCCGCAUACUUCAAUCAGCUGCACGAUACAAAUAAAUAUAGAUGACGUGCCUAUAGUAAACUCGUGAACGUUCUCAAGGGCUAAAACGAACGUUUUGAACGAUACGAUCUGCAUGGCGAUUUGCAUUCGAUUCGGAAGCUUCUCCCGAUAAUUUCCAUUUAAAUGACUCUCGACUCGGAUUUGUUCUUUAUUCUACCUCAUUUCGAAAUCAAACGAAACGGAAGUGUCCCUAAACACGCGCUGUUACCGAUUUUCAAUUUUGCAUGGGUAUUAACGGAAAAAGAAAGAAGAAACGGAGGAGUUUUGUUAACUUAAAAUUAACUUGAAAUUUUUUCGUCGAAUUCACAUUUUUCGGUGUUAGAUCGGAAAAUAUCUCUCCUUUCCCUCCCUGCUCUCCCUCUCGUAUAGAUAAAAUCUCAAAGUAGGCGCGACUAAUCGGUAUCGGACACGUAGAUACGUUUUACAAUUUAAUACUAACUGGUAAUUCGUAAAUGUCAUAGGAGAAUCUGUGUGUGUGUGUGUGUAGAGAAGACCUUAGGGCAAUCGAAUGGCCGUAUAUUAACCCUUAAGCAGUCGGGAUUCUCGAGAGUGUCUCG